AUGGGUUGUUCCAAUUAUUCCAACUAUUCCAGAGUUCAGACAUUGCACACUUCUGGAAUAGUCAGAACAAUCCAUUUUGAACUUAAAAAUGAUCUUGAAUUCAAAGUGGAAGAUGUCAGGCUCAAGACAUUUCAAAUUCAAAAUGUUUUGCACAUUCCUACUUUGGAUUUAUCAUUGUUGUAUUUCUGGAAAGAUACUUGUGCACCAGAUGCCAAAAGUCAGCCCGAUGAGAUGAAGGAGCUUGGCAUCAUUGUGUACAACUGCAGUUGCCUGGUUUUAGAUUUACAAAGGAUAUUUGCUUUGUACAGCUCCUUGAAAUCCAAGAACAAAGUUCCACCCAUUUGGUCUAAAAGACUGUAUGCAGUGUAUGGCACUAAAAAUAAACUGCCUCUUAAGUUGAAUGAAACCAAGUCAGAAGUCUUUGUCUCAAAUUCUCCAAAGCUCCUGUGUCCUAAAGACAGGACUCUGGAUACUGAUGCCAUCUAUAGUGUUGUCGAUAAUGCUGAACAGUUUAUAUAUAUAGCUGUUAUGGACUAUCUGCCUAUUAUUAAUAUAAUAAAUGAGACAAGGUACUGGCCCUUUUUGGAUGGAAAGAUCAGAGAAGCACUGAUUCUACGCAAUAUUAAAGUGCGACUCCUUAUAAGUUUCUCCAAAGAAACAAAUCCCCUCACUUUUAACUUCAUUUCAUCUCUUAAAGCAAUUUGCACUGAUGUUUCUGACUGUAGUUUAAAAGUUAAGUUCUUUGAUCUUGAAUCAGAAAGCGCAUGCUUUAUUAAGGAGCCAAAAAACUCUUCUCUUCUCAAGCUAAAUCGCAAUAAAUAUGUGGUAACUGAUAGAGCUGCUUAUAUUGGUAAUUUUGACUGGGUUGGGACCUAUUUUAAUCAGAAUGCUGGAGCUGGUCUUGUCAUCAACCAAGCAGACACAGGGAACAAAACCAGCAUAAUCAAGCAACUUAAAGCUGUGUUUGAAAGGGACUGGUAUUCGCAUUAUGCUAAAAGUUCAACUACAAAGAUCUCAAACUGUCUAAUCUACAAACACAGCAAAGCAGCAGCCAAUAAGUCGGCCAUAAGCAAUAUGAACUGAAGCCCCUUUUACUCUUCAGUAUCACAGCAAGGGAGAAAUAGAGUAGGACUGAUGCUGACCUCCCACUUUCAUAUUUAUGGACAAUAGACUUUUUUUUAAAAUAAAAAAAAAAUUUGUAGUAAAAAAGCACACUUAUAUAAAAUGUUCUUUAAACUUUAUUCUCUAUACUGUAUUAUUUACAAAUGUUAGAUUUGUUACUGCUGACAUUGAAUGUCUUUUCUGCUUUGCUGUUGGUUUGGAUAUAUCUCAUUUAUAUUUAAAAGCAUGCUGGAUUCUUUAGUUUAAAGGUUAUUCCUACCUCUUUCUACUAAUUAGCAAAAAUGUAUAUACAAAGCAAGUUUGAUUAUGGAACAAAAUUCUUAGAACAGUUGAUAGUAAGUACAGAUUUCCCUCAAUCCCAAAUUUUAAGUAUAAACAGGCCUUUUGUCGUAUACAUAGUAUAAUCCCAGUUUAAGAUACUGAUUGUGUACCUGAAUUUAUAAUAAUAUAUCCAUCCCAUAUAUAUUUAAAUGACUUAUUGUAUCUCUGCAACAAAAUUGUAAAGGGGAUAGUUCUAAUUAACCGUAACCUUUUUGCCAGUCAUGCACUAAUCCAAUGUACUUCUGUUUUCUGAAAAAAAAAUUAUGAAAAUUAUGCUUUAAUCCCUGUAAAACACAUUUUUAAAGAUUUUUUCUAGUAUGAGACAACAGUAGGUUGCAUGUAAUUUUGCUAUCUGCCAUAUUGCGAUAAAAUGCUUGUCUCUACAUAAAAUCAUUUCUGCAGGGCUAAAGUUUACAUUUAUUUUGUGAAGGAAUGGGGAUAAUCCACUAGGGGCUGAGAGGCAAUACACCCCUUCUUCCCCACACAGGCAGCACACUAGGGAGAAUGAGCAGUUUGUGCAUGCCUCCCUCCUUCUCUGCCAGCUAAUCCUCUACGCAACCUGUGAGCUUGUGCACAAGGACGAGAUGGUUCUGAAGAGCCCCAUGAAAACCCUCCUCAGGUCAGCAUUUUGGGUGCAAAUGGAUUGCGAUAUGAAGUUUUCUAAAGCUUCUAAUGAGACUGAGAGAUCUUAAAAUGAACUUAAAAGUUAAUGUGAUUUUGGCAGUAGUUAAUGGUUGAAUACCAUGUUAGCAGAAAAGGACUUAAUUUAAAAAAUUGUGAGUUCUUCUGUUAUUUAAGAUGUCCAUCCUUACUGUUUAUGCAGAAAUAAUUGUUCCCACUUUAAC